UAAUUCGUGUUUUUCGCCGAAACUUUUGAAAUUAUUGGUGCUUUUUUCUAAUUUAUAAUGUGGAUACCUCUACUUUCAACGAAGUUUGAUUCAGACACAGCCUUUGAGCGUUAGUCAGCCGAUAAAUUUCAUCUCCUUUUUGUAACCUGUCACUUCUAAGGAUCAGUUCUAGCUCCCCUCAAAAAUGGAAGCGGUUCCAAGGCUUCCCAUGAUAUACUUCGAUCUAAAUACAAGUCCAGAAUCUGUAGACUUUGGCUCAAAAUUGAAACAGUACAUUCGAGAUCACUAUCAUGAGAAUCCAGAAACUUACAUGAAAGAAAUCUACAGUCUAGAAUCAUUGAGAGCUGCAGCUAUUCGCCCUCAAAGGGAUGUCGAUGGAUGCUCCACGCUGAAACAGUAUUACUGCCAGUUACAUUUCCUGCAGAGUCGCUUUCCUAUGUCCAAGGAUGGAAAAGCUGCUGUCAACUUCACAUGGAAUGAUCUUUACUCAAACUCACCAACAAGUUUACCAGAUAUACGAUUUGAAAUGGUGAAUAUACUCUACAACAUAGGUGCCCUCCAUUCUCAGCUUGGUGCUGCGGACAGUAGACUUACGGAGAAUGGGUUGAAAUUAGCAUGUACACACUUUCAAUGUGCUGCUUGGGCAUUUCAGCAUGUUAAAGACUCCUACCCGCAAAUGCCUGGCAUCAAUGUUGCGCCAAAUGUCAUGCAAUUCAAGCAUCAGAUGUGUCUAGCUCAAGCUCAAGAGUGUAUUCUCGAGAAAAGUAUGGCUGACAAUAGGAAGGCAGCUAUCAAUGCGAAAGUGGCAGUUCAGAUCGUUGACUAUUACAACAUGGCAAUGAACAUGAUCACUACUCUCGAAGAAGAGGGGUCCACUCUUUAUUCCAUCGGUACUAAGCAUCUCAAACGAUGGCGGAGGUACGUUAAAUUCAAAAGUGCCUACUAUGCGUGUAUAUCUCUGCUGUACCAAGGGAUGCAGUCUGAAGAGCAGCAGAAGAUGGGUGAAAGAGUUGCUUACUAUCAAGCAGCUUCCGACAGACUGCAGGAAGCUUUUAAUCUUUCGAAAGAUAUUGAAAACCAAGAGGCGGUUCAAGAAGCGCUGACUUUUACAAUGGAUGUAGUGGUGGGCAAAAUGAAACCAGCUCAAAAUGAAAAUAAUCUUAUCUACCACGAGAAAGUCCCCGACAGAGAGGCAUUGCCUGAUGUGAAAGGAAAAUCUCUGGUGCGAGGCAUUGCUUUCAGCGUCAAUGAUACAGAAAUAUCUGGCCAAGAUAUUUUUGCCAAUCUAGUUCCCAUGAAGGCCCAUGAAGCCUCCUCACUUUACAGUGAGGAGAAAGCGAAACUAUUACGCAGAGUGAGCGGAAACAUCGACAAGAAGGAAGAGCAGUUGGUCAGUUUCAUGUCGUCAUUGCAGUUGGAUUACCUGCACAUUUUCUCGCAGAUGGAUAAAAUCCCUCAGGAGCUGAUUGAUAGCUGUGCAGCAAUGACUGGGAAGACAGAUGCCAUUCAAAAUUUGAUCUCCUCAAUGAACUCAUUAGCUGAAGUGAGUGCUGAAGUUGAAGCAAUGCUGUCAGAGACUUUUGAAUUAAUACAGGCAGAAGAGGUAGCAGAGAAAGAAUAUCAAGAGGUGAUGGGGAGUCGGCCACCUUCAAUUGUUGCUACAGACCUCACGCGAGAAGCUAACAAGUACCAGGAGGCCCAUAAAAAGGCCUCGGAAUCAAAUGAAACCCUACAUAAAGCUAUGACGCUACAUAUAACAAACUUGAAAAUUCUCAUGCUGCCCCUGAAUGAGUUAACUCAGCAAAUACCGGUGUUACCUGCCUUAGAACCUGAAGAGGAAAAAAUUCUGAAUGAGCUACAACUUCUUGUGAACAAAGUUGAUGAAAUGAAGCGCCAAAGAUCAAUGUUGAACAACCAGCUACGUGAAUCAAUCUGUAACGAUGAUAUUACAAACACCUUAAUAAUCAAACAAAAUGAAGAUCAUGAAAAAAUAUUUGCAGAAGAGCUUAAGAAACAUGAUAAAAUUAUUCAAUUAAUAGACCAAAAUUUAGCUGCCCAAGAAAAUAUUCUACAAGCUCUUUCAGAAGUUUAUGCCCAAUUCGCUCCAACGCGCAAAAGAAUCAACGAAGUCCUAAGGAAAAGGAACACCAUGGUCUCAGCUCUAUUAUCCUCGUAUGAGGCCUACGAGGAUCUAUUGGCUAAGUCGGGCAAAGGCCUCAAAUUUUACAAAAAGCUUGUCACGAACAUCAGCAAAUUGUUACAACGUUGCAGAGGCACUUGCAAAGUUCAAGAGGAAGAGCGAGAGCAAAUGUUGAUGAAAAAUGGGAAGCUCGUUCCGAAGCCUAAACCAGACAACGAGCCUGUGUCCAACAACUCAGGUCCAAAACUGAAAGACUACUUAAACUCCAAAAGAAACACCACACCCCCAACUACUAAUUCCAACCCAUCACUGAAUACAUUCUACAACCCAAAUCUCUACCAACCUGGAAGCACCAAUCCAACCUCAGCAUCCCCUCAACCAGCCCCGUUCGUUGAUCCUGCUUUAUCUAUCCCUCCAGUGGAAACAAAGCCUCAAUGGGUACCCUCCAUAAGACCUACACCGCUAGGAUCCGAAGGCACUAAUACACCAUCUAAACCUCCGGAAAUGCGUUCAGACUAUCCUGCUUCGGAUUCCUACCAACCGUAUCCAAACGCCACUCCUUAUUCACAGUACAAUCCUUACCCUCAAAAUUACAGUUAUGACCCCAGCAAGUAUCCCUACCCCCAAUCGGAGAAACCUACUAUCCCCACUGCAUACCCAAAUUCUGCAGAGCCCUCGAAUAACUACAUGAACGACUUGAAAAAUGCCACCUACCCACCAUCAGUCGGCACACCGGCAUCUCAGUCGGGCGAAAAUCCAGCGGCAAACACUGUUCCUAAUUUUCCAAGUCAACCUUUAUCCAAUACAAAUUACUAUCAAGCUCCUGAUGCAGGCAAGGUUGCUUCCGCUCAGUCGCAGAUUCCGUACCAAAGCUUUACACCUCCCGCCUCUUUAAAUAAUCCAACUCAGUAUCAGCAGUCUUACACAUCAGCUCAAACUUCUCUCGAGUUAUCACAAACUGUUCAAAAUUACUCUUUCCCCGAAGCAGCAAUGCAACAAGCCUCUUAUCCAACUUAUUCUGCACCCACAACUUUGCCAACACAAACGGUUACUGAACCCUCACUCUCGUAUCCAUCGAAUACGGUCUAUUCUAAUCCUAACGAUGUCUACAUUCCAAAUCAUUACUCCGGCCUGUAUAAUCAGUAUGAAACUCAAACGUACCCUGGAUAUUCGGCAGGAUCUCAAAACAACACCAAUUAUGUGACUGGUUACUCUUCAGGAACAAAUCAACAAACAACCGAUCAAAGCGCUAGCUAUCAGUACUACAACUACAAUGCCUCUGCAGCAACUAGUAACGCAUACCCUGCUCAAAAUACAUACUAUCAGCCUGCUUCAGAAUCUCAGCCCACCCAGUUUGAAGAUCCAACAAAGGCAUAUUCUCAAACAGCUAUCAGUUCCUACCCCAUGGCUCAGCCCCAGCAGUACAUGAACAUGCAAUACUCAGUACCAUUUUCCACGUCUGAGUUUCUUUACAUGCAGCAACAACAGGCUUUCUAUACAAACGCUGGUCAGUAUCAGACUCUCCACACUAAUUCUUCGCAAGUUGCUGAACCCAGCACUCCAACGCCACCAACAGGAGUUUACGCUCAGCCCAGUGAUCCAAACUACAUGAACAACUACUAUAACAUUCCGUACGGUUAUCAGUAUCAGUCUCCAGUACAAGAAAAUGUUGCACCGGCAGCUCCAUCUCCAGCACCUGCAAUGCCAGCUCCAGAGCAAGUGCAAAGCCCAUUGGCACCGCAAAAUUCUUUGACUUACAUGCAAGCUCAUACUUCAAACGCUGGCACAACUUUGACCUACUCCAUGAACAGAUCAGAUGCUGGUUCAAAUCUUUCUGAUGCUUCGUCAAAUGUCGAUCUUUUGGCAGGAUUAGAUUUUAAUGUCUCACAAGCACCACUGAUCCCGACCGAUUCCAAAAACUCUUUGGCCAGUGAGGUGAAAACAGAAGCAAGCGAUACCCCCAAAGUCAAUGUGAGUCAAGUCAGCGAUCACUUAGCAGGCUUAACGCUUCAGAAAACAGGAAACAGCGAAGAAGUGAAACCCAGCAGUUUUUUAUCUAGUCAGUUGCCGCCUCUCUCUGUGCCAGCAGUCGAUGACAAAAUAUCUCCCCACAGACCUGCAUCAAAAGAUCCAUUCGAUGAUCCUGAAGUCCUAAAUCAGUUCACCCAAGAAGUAGAGAAGUUUGAUAAAUUCAUUGAAAGCCUCACAGCUAAGACGCUAAAUGGUCCCACACCUCUAGACAUGAAAUGGAAAGAACUGUGCGAUUUUCAGGAAAAAAAUGUAGCAAAACAAAGUAUAUCUGUUGCACGAUGCUAUCCAAUGAAAAAUAGAUUCCCGGACAUUUUACCGUAUGACACCACUCGAGUAGAAUUGCCAUCUACCAAAGAUGACUACAUUAAUGCUUCAUUCAUUCAAAAUAUAUCCUCACUUUGUCCGCCAGCAAUUCUAACGCAAGCACCUCUUCCAGCGACAUAUUCAGAUUUUUGGACAAUGAUCUGGGAACAGCAAGUUGAGCUAAUUGUUUGUUUACAGACAGACUCAGAGCUGGAAAAUCAAAUUUAUUGGCCGGUCGAGAAAGGCGCAGAUCUCAGUUUUGGUCGUUUAAAAUUAACACUCCAAAGUUGCAACAACAGAAAUCAAUGGAUAGAGCGUAUCAUACAGAUCAGUGAUCAACAGAAAGCUUCAAGGAACAUUAUUCACCUCCAAUUGACCAGUUGGCCUGGCAGCUCUUUCCCCCCAUCACCAGGUCCUUUCCUAUCAGUGGUAUGCGAGUGUCUGAGUUUGUAUCGGCAGCAACGAAACUUGGCUCAUUGUGUUGUUAUUCACUGUUUGUCUGGAGUUGGUCGCUCCGGACUGUUCCUCUUAGUAUUGGCUGCAAUUGCUGAAAUCAACUCUGGUCAAGGAAUUCCGGAUUUGAUCAAUCUAGCUGGCAAAAUGUCUUUGUCAAGGAAAAAUUGUCUACGAGACCGAGAACACUUAAAAUUUGCCUAUCAAACAAUUUUAUAUUAUGCUCAAGAUUUACUGAUGAAACGUGGUAUUUUAACAACAAAAUCUAGUUUCGAAGAAAAACGUAAAUCUCAUACUAGGCACCCAUCUGAAGAUUUCUUAAUGAACCUCCCCAAAGGUGUGAAAGAAACAGAACCUGCAGCUUUGACAAGUAGUUCAGAUUCUUCCAACCAAACAGUGGCUACACCAUCAAGCAGUACAUCAAAUGUCGCAAAAGAACAAGAGAGCAUUCGCGCUGUCAGUUCGGAAGAAAAUAGAAGAAGAAAUGAAGAAGUUUUCAAAAAUACAGGAUUAAUAACAUCAUCCGGUCAAGAGAGUGAUCCCCUUAGUCAAAUAGAUCCACUGUGGUCCCUGAAGAAAGCCUCGGAGAACUGAUCAAUCUACGUACGGUGAAUUACACAUUGGAUUUUAAUAACAUAAUUUAUCUAACUAGCUUAAAUUUAAUUUCAAUUCUUUUCCUACCCUCUCCAUUGAAUAUCCAUCACUGAAGGUGAAUUGACAUUUUUAAUACUGUUUACUGUCAGAUGACUUUUUUGUGGCAGUUUAAAAAACUUUCUUUUUUCUCAUGGUAAUUUUCUGUACGGCUCUGCAUCUUUUUCACUGUUCACAUUUUUGUCCCCAUGACCUCACUGAUCAGUUAUUUUACAUAUUACUUGCUUUCAAGUAUAAUUUUCCAAAUCAGAGAAAUUUUAAAUAUGUAAUAUUUUUGUGGGAGCAAGAAACUGUCUAAAGGUUUGUUAUUAAUAUUUUUUUGUCUUUUCAUCUUUCUUUCAUUAUUUUAUCGACGAAAUAAAAACAAUUUCGAUUAUGAUUUGCAAUUCUAUUUUUCACAUUCUUGUUUAACUUUCUCAUUAAGAGUGAGUAAUUUUUAGACUACCUUUGAGUAUUUCUAACCUAACAGUAUACUUCUCAUUGCCUUCUUGUUCCUCUACCCUGAAGGUCUUUAAAUCACAUAGCUGAGGUUAUUUUAUAGACAAGGAGUACCUAAAUUGUGCCUACAUAUGUUGGGGAGGAAAUGUCUGAGAGGUUUCAAUACUUCCAUCCAUCAGUUUAAUCUUUAAUUCAAAAUCCAUGAAAAAUUAGUGCUUUUUAUCACAUAUUAAGAUUUUAUAAUAAAACGCAGUUAUACAUACACUUAUUGAGCUCUUAGGGUCAUUAUUUAGAUCAAUGAAUUAAACUGUCUAUUUUAUGCUUAAUUUAGUUAUCUUUAUUUAUACUUUUUUUCAUACAAUGAUGUUUUAUAAGUCAAACUACUCUUUAUUGUUAUGUAGUUUUAUUUUUAUAGUCUUACGUAAAUUGAACCUUAUUACUAUAAUUGAUAUUAGCAUUCAUCCUUUGAGUAAAAUUUUUGUUUUCAAAAGUCAGUGACUUCACUAAACUUUUUUGCUUUUCCUUCUACAUUCAAAAUUUUUCUGAGGGACCUUCUUUUAGAAUUUAUCAUGGAAGAAAAAAUAUGAACAUCUAUGUAAUAUUAACAUUUAUGAACAUAUAUUCAUGAUGAUUCCAUGAAAAUACAAGGGGGAAAACGGGAAACAAGGCUAAAAAUACGAAAUAAAACACCGAGAUGUUUCGGCUCAGUUCUGAGUCCAAAUGUCUUGGUGUUUUUUCGUGUAUUUUUAGCCUAGUUUCCUAUAUAUUCAUCCUUGUUUUUUUUUUCAUGUUAUCAUUGUGAAAGGUUAUUGUGUAAAACUUGUAUCCAUAAUAAUUCCUAUCCAUAAUUAAUUUGUAUCGAUGUUCCUUUCAUAAAUUUGAGGAAUACAUCAUUUUAUAAUUUUCUAUCAAUAUUUUGAUUCUGCUCUUGAGAUAAAACGGAUAUAUUUCUUAAUAUGAAGAUUGAUUGAGGAUUGAAUAGAAUAAUCUUUCUUGUUAAUUUAAUUUUUAUGUACUGUAUUCAAUUUUUUAUUCACUUCUUAUUUAAUUUGUGAUAGUGCCCGUAAAUGAAUUGGAAAGUAACAAAUUCAUAUGUUGAAUCCAAAAAAGAAGGUUGUUGAAGGUUAAAGAUUUUUCAAAACUUACACUGUAAAUGAAUAAUUUAAUGGGUGAUUUGUUCAAUGUAAACUAGUGCACUUAAGAAAAUGCUUAAAGAUUGGUACACGAUGGACCAUUGAUGAUCUGGUACAAGUCCGGUAAUAACACUAGUAUUUUUGUAGAAAUUUAUUAAUACAAUGGAAGGCCUUGUACUUUGCCUGCGCAUCAUCAGUAUUCCCACAAACAUUUUUUCACGGGAAAUUUCAGAAUCUUUUUUCCCAAGAGUAAAGAAAAAUGACUAGAAAUUUCAGAGAAAUGUGUUUGAUGGCUCUCCUAUGUAAACAAAUGAAAUAUAAGUAAGAAAUAUUAAAGUAGAGUAAUCAAGAUACAUCCCUUUGUGCGGAAGACAAAAAUUCGCUGGUUUUGAAGACACAAAGAGAUGCGAGAGUAAGGAGAGAUGAGUCUUUAAAUAACUACCUAUAAGAAUGAUGGUAUAACUCAUCAAAAAUAAUUUGGGUUACUUUCUUAUGUUCAAUGAAGACAGCCUCCGCACUUUCCGCACCACUACUCCUGCCCCAGCAAAAUAUCGCAUAUCACCAACAUUGCCCUAUCAUUGAGCCAUGUACCUAUUCAAACCCUGAGUUAACAACUAACACACACUGGGAAAGUUAAUUUUUCGAAACAUGAUUUUUUAUAGGCACUGUAUUCUUUGUAGGUAUUCUUAAGAUCAAUUAUUUUUCAUUGUCAUUUUAAUAAGAUACAUUAUUAACUGGCUUUCCUUCUUACAUUCACCUGAAAUUAAUUUUUACUCAUAGAAUGAUUGUUUUGAGUGAGAGUUUCUCGGCUAAAGUAGCGUUUCUGUAAAUUAUUGUACUACCUAUUUUAUACUUUUUCUAGAUGUUUUCGUAUCACAGAGCCUUAUUACAGACUUACAAAUUUAAGGCCAGCUCAUUUAAUUCAAUAUUUAUCUUUUUUUUUUAUUUUUAUAAUGAACGUUGUAGAGCAUUUUUGACUGAAAUUUUUAUGGUAGAAAGAUAACAAAAUGCAUUUUUAGGGACUUAUUAUUUUACUCUUUUUUGAAUGUAUUCUAUUUAGUUUUACCUUAUUUUAUUAUUUAUUUGAGUGGAUGUUUUUCUGUCUCUCUCUCUCUCCCUCCCCUUCUGAUAUGGACGCAGGAUUUCAAAUUGAUGUCUUGUCCACAUUAUGCGUUCUUGCUGCAAAAGAUCAGACUUUGAAACAUUUUCAUACAGCACAAAGAUAAUUUUACCCCAUCAUAAGCUGUAGGAUGAUUAUUAAAACUUUUAGUUCAAUUCUGUAUCAGGAUAUUAUUUAAAAUCAAAGGUGAGCGACAUCACUGAUUGCUUAUUCCAUGUGAUCCUCUCAAAUUUAAUUCAAAUACGUAGUAUCUUUGCUUGAGAGCACAGCUACAAGUAUCGAUAAUGGCGGUUUUUGGGCCCACCCGGAAUUUUCUCAUCUCUAUGAUUUUUGGUCAUUUUUGGUCUCCUACUAGCCUUACCAUGGGUCCAAAGGCCGAUUUUGGUGGUAAAUGCGAGUUUUACAGAUUUGAGAUCGAAAACGCCGCAUUUUUCACCAAAAUCGACUCUUACACCCAUGAUUAUGCUAGAACUGGACAUGGAAGACACCAGAAAUGACCAAAUCAAGACGCCGUUCGUAACGCACAGACCUCCAAUGAUGAAAAAAUCGUAGAGUUGAGGAAAUGAAGCCAGGGUGGGCCCAAAAAUAGCCCUUUUCAAUAUCCCUCCUUUUAAUUAUUUUAAGUCUGACAAACCAAUGAUGCCUUUCAAUUUCCGCCAAGUUUUAGAUCUUUCUGUUGGCUUUCUCUUAAUCUAAAAAUUUCAAUAAUCAAACUGCUGGCAAUUAUUUCAUCAAUCGGUAUAUUCUCAUAAUUAAUUAAGGUAGCGUUUUGUUAUAUAGUUUUGGGCAACGGCUUAUUUUUAUUAUUCUAAAACCUACCUUUUCUCUAACUUGUGUUUUCAUUUCUCCUCUUCUUAAAAUUGUAUUCAAUCAAGCAUGUCUCAACAACUAUUCUUUUGUUUAAUGAUAUCUAGAUGUUUUUAUGACGCAUGUCUUUACUGUUAAUUUCAUAGCUGUAGUAGCCACCAUCUUCAUAAAUUAUCUAUUGAUCAUCUUUAUUAUUAAUACAUAAAAUAUUGUGUUUUCGUUAUCAUCUAUUAAUUUUACCUCUUAAAUUUUCUUGAUCUGUUUUCAUUACAUGCCCUCUUUUUUCUUUUGCCUCACAAUAAUUAUGAAGCUUUAUUAGUAUCCCAUGAAACAAUGAACAAAGCUAGGUAAAUCAAUGUUUGCAGGUGCUAUCCUCUGAUAUUAGAAUAGUUAGGUGAUGAAUGCUUUUUCAGAAUCACUAAGUCGUUGGGCAUUUCACAUUUACUUUGUUAUUUGCUUUUUAAUUCAAUUUUUUCUCAUUUAUGUCCAUUUUAUAAGUAGCCUCCAAGGUUUUGUAAAAUUAGCAGCAUUUCUUUGUAAUUUUCAUCCUGAUGUUUGUAUUCUUUCAAAUUGUAAUAUUUUUAUUUAAUUUUAAAGUAUAGACACUUUGAAUUCAUCAUUA